GAUACAUCGCGAUCCUACAGGACGGCGCCGCAAAAUUUAUGAGCCUAACAACGGCCACAAACACGCUUCUACACUAUUUCCGCUCUUGUUCUCCUCUCCUCCCUCUCACGUUCCCGCCUGCAGUCCGCUUGGCCAGUCCAAGAAUUGGUCAUUCCUCGCUACUUUCCCGUCCCCUGCGCGAUGGACUACCAUCCACUCUUCGAUCUGGCUGCCGUGGUGCUGCUCUCGGCCGUCACCGUCGGGUUCACAUCUGCACCGUCUCUGGCACGCUCCGCUGUGUUCCCCAUCCUGUGCGGUCUGACCUGGCACUGCGUGGUCAAAUGCUCCGAAUACAUCUCGCGCAGCGCCUGGGCCAGCUCGGUUGGCGGAUACACCCUCACCUACCUCUUCCAUUACCUGGACGUUGGCCUGCUCAGUCGCUGGGAUUUUAAGCUGCAGGGUCCUGCCACCGAACUGGCCAAGGGCUGGGGACCGCCAGCAACGUCCCAGAAACCUCCAUCCCGCCAGCCGCCGGGUGACAAUGGGGUUACUUCCCGCCUCCGCUUUGGCUUCUCGGUUGUCUUCUCGUGGCGCUUUGCCAACACGCCCUACCAAGCCAGGGGCGUCCCCGCGCUGGACGAGAAGUUGCGGCGGUCUCGCGCGCGCUUCCUCGCGAACACGCUCUUGACCUGCGCCGUGUGCUACCUGGUGCUUGACGCGAUGGACUCGUCGGCGGAUCCGGAGAUCACCGAGAAGUUCUACUCCCUCGACAAGGUCGCCUUCUUCUCCAGAAUCCGAGACGUAUCCGCCGAGGAGCUGGUCAUGAGGUUCUUCGCCGCUCUCGGCCUCGGCGCAGGGCUCGUCUCGGUGCAGCGUGGCGUUUAUAGCAUUCUGGCUUUUGUAUCCGUCGCGACGGGACUCUCUAAGCCGGUGGACUGGCCGCCGUUUAAUGGACCGUUUGCCAAGAUCGACAGUCUCAGGAACUUUUGGAGCAUCUUCUGGCACCAAACCAACACGCACCGGCUCCGCAUCACAUCCCAUUUCCUGCUGUGCAACGUGCUUCGACUACCGCAUGGGAGCAAAGCAGUGCGAUACCUCCGACCGUGGGUCGUAUUCCUGCUCUCGGCUCUCUUCCACGUCGCCAUUGACGUCUCUUCGGGAAUGCAACCGCAGGAAUCCGGUGCUUUGCGCUUCUUUCUCAUCCAGCCACUGGGCAUUGUCAUCGAGGACACAGCUCGGACGGUGUAUCGCACUGUGUACGGCUCGAGCGGGCGCGGCCUUACUGUUGCUGAACGCUGUGUCGGUGUUCUAUGGGUUGGUCUGUGGAUGGCCUGGACGGCGCCUGCGUACCUGUUUCCCGUCCUGGCGAAGACAGGCUCUGGUAAUGCCGGUGUGGUGCCUUUCAGCAUCAUUGGGUGUGUGACGCGCUUGAUCCAGUGAACCUGGGUGUACCGAACGUAGAAGACCUGGGGCAGUAAGCGAAAUCUAUAAGCUACGGCAAAGACCCUACUGCAUACAGGAUGCCUCCCGACGAGACGGACGGUAGAGACACCUAAUUGACAUGAGAGAUCUGUAGUUAUCAUCGACAUCGGAUAAUCACACUGUUCCAACCAGGCUCCCUUAAUCAACAAUUCGUGCCCUUGGUAUCGAAGCACUCCAGCACGCCGUUGACGUUGUCGACUAUCGUGU